UCACGGUGGCCGUCAGAGAGGCGCGCUCCUCCCGCCGUAGCGUCCGCCUCCCUCCCUGCUAUGUCAAGUGGCGGCUCGAGUUCUUCCUCCCGGAAGGAGUUCGAUGUCAAGCAGAUAUUGAGGAUCCGAUGGCGGUGGUUCGGUCACCCCGCCGCCCCUCCGCCUCACUCCCCGCCGCUAAGAGACUACUUCCCCGGCAGGAGAGCGGUCGGCAACACCUCGGAGGGACCUUCGUUUAGCGGCGGGGAAAGCUCGGACCCCGCCGGCGUCAGCAGUCACACCAGCGGGUUGGUGACGAGCGGCAGUGCCGGGUUUAACGGCAGAAAGUUUGUGGAUCUACCGGAGAGUCGGGGCGGCUCCUGCCCUCGCUCGGCCAGCCAGCCGGAGUGCAGAAGCUCCACGGCGGCGUGGGUGUCUCCACCGCCACGUCGCCACACUCGCCCGGUGUCGAACAUGGAGCCUUCCGGCGAGGCCCCCGCCCGCCAAGUGGCACCCGAGCCGCCUGCUCAUGUUGGCGGACACGCUGAGGCAGUAGCAGCGAGCACGGAGGGGAACCACAACCACAACCCGGACACUGACUCCAGCUCCUGCAGGACGUCCAACAGCAACGCCACACUGUCCUCGUGCGUGUCCUUGGAGCCGUGCGCCUGUCCCGAGGAGGGCAUGUUCGCCACUCUGUCCCACGCCGACCUCACCUUUCGCAAGAUGGAGGGCUACUUGAGAAGCCGGCAGCUCUGUGAUGUCACGCUAGUGGCCGGGGACAGACGGAUACCUGCACACAGGCUGGUACUCUCAUCUGUGUCGGACUACUUCGCGGCCAUGUUCACCAGCGACGUGCGGGAAGCCAAGCAGGACGAGGUGAAGAUAGAGGGCGUCGACCCCGAUGCAUUGUGGGUCCUGGUUCAAUAUGCAUACACAGGUCGUCUGGAGUUGAGGGAGGACACCAUUGAGUAUCUGCUGUCAGCCUCUUGUCUGCUGCAGUUGUCCUCUGUGGUCCAGGCCUGCAGUUCCUUCCUGGUGAAGCAGCUCCAUCCUUCCAACUGCUUGGGCAUCCGCUCCUACGCUGACGCUCAGGGCUGCCAUGACCUGCAGAAUCACAGCUACACCAUGGAGCAUUUUCUGGAGGUGGUUGCAGGACAAGAGUUCUUGCUUCUUCCCUCGGACGAAAUGGAGCAGCUGCUCAAGUCCGAUGACAUCAACGUUCCUGAUGAGGAGACCGUAGUGGCCUCUCUGCUAUCCUGGGUGCUUCACGACGCCGACGCUCGCCGGCGCCACCUGCCGCUGCUUCUCGCUCACGUCCGCCUACCACUGCUGCAACCACAGUUCUUAGCGGACCUGGAGACCAGCCCCCUCCUGCGGGACAGCGUGGACUGCCAGCGGCUGCUGAUGGAGGGAAUGAAGUACCACCUCUUGCCCCAGCGUCGGCCCCUGCUGCAGGGCCCGCGCACCCGGCCCCGGAAGGCCACCGUCGGGGCCAUGUUUGCCGUCGGCGGAAUGGACGCCACAAAAGGUGCCACCAGUAUCGAGCAGUACUCCCUGCGGCGGGACAAGUGGAAGCAGGUGGCGACCAUGAGCGGUCGGAGGCUUCAGUUCGGCGUCGCCGUCCUGGACGGCCGCAUCUAUGUGGUCGGGGGCCGAGAUGGACUGAAGACCCUCAACACGGUGGAGUGUUACAACCCUCAGAGCAAGACCUGGAGCGUCAUGCCACCCAUGUCCACACACAGACAUGGCCUCGGUGUAGCCGUCCUGGAGGGGCCCAUGUAUGCAGUAGGAGGCCACGACGGAUGGAGCUACCUCAGCACGGUGGAAAGGUGGGAUCCUCAAGCUCGCCAGUGGAGCUUUGUUGCCAGCAUGGCCACGCCCAGAAGCACCGUGGGAGUGGCAGUACUCAACGGCAAGUUGUACGCAGUUGGCGGUCGUGAUGGCUCCUCCUGCCUGCGCUCAGUGGAGUGUUUUGACCCUCACACCAACAGGUGGAUGGCUUGUGCACCCAUGGCGAAACGGCGCGGAGGUGUGGGUGUGGCCACCUGGCACGGCUUCCUGUAUGCCAUCGGCGGUCACGAUGCCCCUGCCUCGUCUCUGGCCUCGCGUUUAAGUGACUGCGUGGAGAGGUAUGACCCUCAGACGGAUGUGUGGACAGCAGUGGCCUCCAUGAGUGUCAGCCGAGACGCAGUGGGUGUUUGUCUCCUUGGCGACCGUCUCUACGCUGUGGGCGGUUACGAUGGACUGGUGUAUCUCAGCACAGUGGAGAGCUAUGACCCUCAGACUAAUGAGUGGACACAGGUGGCGCCUCUGUGUCUGGGUCGGGCCGGAGCGUGUGUGGUGGUGGUCACCUGCAACCACAGCACACCUGCAACCACGCCCCUCAACCAAGCCAGCAUUCAGCCGCCAUUGACUUCGGCAUGACACACACUUUUUGUUCCCUGCGGAGGGGGAGGUACGCGCAAAUAGCGGUGGUAAGGACUGUGGCUUGUAGCGCUGUCACGCUCAUGUCUUCAUGAUUAUUUGAUGCAGCAACAGCUUACCCACGCACAUGACAAAGACGCUUGACGUAUUCAGCACCACCCGAAGGAAUCCCUCAGCUCACCUCCGUAUUGUUGCCAAGUAUCGUGACUGAGGUGGUUGCGCUUUGCAGGUUCCACUCCGGUAUUCGUGGGAACACAAAGCAGGUGUUGGCCGGUGUGAGACACAGCAAGGCUCCCCCGUGUUGCCUUCAGGGUGCUCUCCACUCCACUCCACACCGACACAGCUGGAGGCAGCAGAGAUGAAAGACGAGGACCAAAACACAAGUCAUGGAGACGUGCCAAGUAUAAAUCAGGUCGUGAAAUGUUUGUUAACUUAAAUCUUUCGUUUUUUUCUGUCACAUAAUCCUAAUUAGGGUCUCCCAUUCGAUCGCAAAAUUCAAAUUUUAUUAGGGGGGGGGGCUAUCAUGCUGUGACUUUAUUGUGUGAAAUGGUAACAAAUUCCAACAUAUGGUUUUCUACACCAAAAUUCAUCUACCGUAAUUUCCGGACUAUAAGCCGCACCCGACUAUAAGCCGCACCAGCUAAAUUUAGGGGAAAAUACAGAUUGCUCCAUAUAUAAGCCGCACCCGACUAUAAGCCGCAGGGUUUUGAUGUGUAAUUACCGUAGUAUAUAGGAGUUCCUGCUACCACGGAGGGGAUUGUC